AUGUCGAACGAAAACGGCGGAAACGCGGUUGUUCGUGUGAGCUCGAACAAGCGCAAGUUCGGUUACGUCGACUACACCAAGCACCGCCUUCACGAAGGCUACCCCGAGGUCACAAUCUCCGCUCUCGGAACUGCCAUUGCAGACGCUGUCUCCGUUGUGGAGCUGCUCAAGAACCAAGGCGUCGUCACGGUGAAAAAGAUUUGUACUGCACGCGCUCAGUUCGAUGAUGUUCGCUCAACAACUACCGACAAGAUUGAGGUUACCGUUGUGAAGUCCCCUGACUUCGACGCUAUCUACGAGCAGCAGCAGAAGGAUCGUGAAGCGGCAAAGGCCAGUGCCGCGACAUGUGAGGGGAAUGAUGAGUAG